ACUGAUAAUCAUAAUGGAUUCGGUGAUUAUUGGUGAGCCAUUGGAGUUGUGAUUUUGUGGAUGAAUAUUUCAUUGAGUUGUGAAAUUAAUUGUUGAUUGUUUAUUUCAAUGAUAGAAAUUAUCUCGAGUCACUAGCGCCACGUGUCACGAACAUUGUCAAUCGUCCUGUUGAUCCGACAUUUUAUAAACAAUUGGGUAUUGACGACAUUCGAAGAUCUUCUGAAAAAUUGGUGAAUUGAUCUAGGAAAAUGACGGAUGAGUCUAAUGGAGAGUCGACCUUCGAGUUUGUCGACAAAAAAGAGGACCUCGCACCUGGGGAUAACCAAAAAUCUGCCUCGAACAGUAGUUUAUCGUCGUCAACGUCGCUGUUGCAACCCCUAGGGGCUUCAUCGUCAUCCGGAAAUCUAUUAUCGAAUAUAGCCCCACCCUCGGCCCUCCCCAGCUUCGUGGCGAGCCCACCAAGGGUUGAGGAUCAACCGAACGUUCCCAUCGAGGCGAAUGUCAUCGUCCAGACAAAACAGCCCCAGCAGGGUCAACAGGUUCUCCCCUCGACGUCAUCCAACGAGCUCGAAGGCAGUCCCGUUCAGACAUCUAUCCCCCAGGAGCUGGGUACCGUCGGUGGGGCUCUCUUCUCUUGGGUCAAGGACACCGUCGUCAAUAACUCGGUCCUCAACAAAGUCGCUGAACGAGCCAAAAACAGCGUCAACUCCAUGAUCACCACUCUUGAUCCCCAGAUGCGUGAGUUCAUUUAUUCUGGAGGUGACGUUGAAGUUGUUGUCGCGUGCAAUAAGGAGAUCAAAGUCAGUCCAGUUCGUGAGGCCUUCCAGGGGGUUUUUGGAAAAGCAACAGUCAGUGGAGUACCCUGUGACCUGCCAGCAGUGCCAGAGACCCCAGUGGGUUUUGACGCGGGUGUAGCAGCCGCAGAGAUGAGAAUAAAAUACGCUCGCAAUGUUCACGAGGUGCCCCAGGAGGUGCCAAUCGUCGGUGUCCAGAGCUUCCUGGUGGAGGCUGGACAGGACAAGUGGUACGAAUUAGGAGUUAUUCUCUUGGAGGACCAGAAGAAUAAUGUCAGCCUCCAAACAUUCACCCAGAUGACUCCAGUUCCCAGUCAGAUUGUGACAGCUGCCCAGGAGGCCACCCCUGAGGAUUAUCCUUUGAAAUCUCUGGGACUGGCUGUACACAUUGGGGCCUUAAUGGCCACUAAUUUACAGGUGGGCUAUAACGAGUGGCAUCAUGCACUGACAGGUGUCUCCCGAAGAGACACUAUUCUCCUGGCCGUUCAAUCCCUAGCAGGCCUCUACAAAAAUACGAUAACGAUUGUAUAGUAGUGACGAUUUCUCCAAUAUUCUACACAUAAGACGACCGCCUCUCGUAAUUAGACAACUCUAAUGAAUACGAAAUAACUAUAAUUUAAUCAAUCCCAGUUCUAUCGUACACCCUAAACCGAUUUGCGUAAACGAUUCAGCAACAAUCAGCUAAAAACAACAAUUUGAUUUAUCUUUUACCUCUUCAUUACGUAUUAUGAAUAAUUAUUUUUUAAUUAUAAUUAUAAUCUUCACGUUAAUUAUCUCUAGGAAUGACCAGCAAAUGCUGCAUUAUUUGAUAUUGAAUUACAAAAAGGUUCUGUUAAAUUGUUUCUAGUGCAUUUGAAUAAAAACAAAUAUUUUUAUUAAAGAAUUUUCUUAUUUUUCAUUAAUUCCAUUGAGGAUUGAAAAAGAAGGGACAGAAUAAAUAGGCAUUUAUUAUUCAUCGAUUUCUGUAUUUCCAUGUAUAUUCACUCGGCCUCGAAUACACAGUGCAUUUAUCAUCUUUCAAAUAAUCGUCUCAUUCGUUCAGUCAUUUUGAAAAAGUAGGG